GCGUUGUGCUUCUGUCCUCACUCGAAGGGCCCGCCACUUUCUUGUCGCCGUCAAGGCGGAAGGUCGCCCGUCAAGCACAAGUGGAUGCAGAUCCAAUGCUGUCCUACCAGGAUGAGGAGUACUGGGAGCGCCGGUACAGCACGGGCGACAAAGGUGCCCACAGCGACAUUAUCGACGAUCGCGGCGUGGGCUGGUUGUGCCCUUAUGCCGGACCAGUGCAGGAGACACUGAACGCCAUCACCGGUGGCGAUCGCAGCAAAGUCAUCCUGAACAUAGGCUGCGGAUUGGAUCAGCUUAGCCCUGACAUCUACAAGGAUGGUUACACCAACUUGCUGAGCUCGGACAUCUCGCAGUAUGCCAUCUCGGAGAUGGAGAAGCUGACCGCAGCAGAAAUGCCCAUGGCAAAGUGGUUUGUCGACGAUGUCACAAAGAUGUCGCUGCCAGAUGAGUCCGUGGAUGUUGUAGUGGACAAGGGCACCCUGGAUGCAGUCUUGAUCCAGACGGAGCCCUUCUUGUCAGCCGCAAGGAUGCUGAAGGAGGUACAGCGCGUCCUGAAGGAGGGUGGCAUCUACUUCCUGAUCACACAUGGUCGAGGUGAUCCGGAUACUUGGCGACUGCCCGUCCUCACCUUGCCUCACCUGGCCUUCAACAUCGCGAAGACUCCUGACAUGGGUGGAUACUACAUCUUUGUCUGCACCAAGCUGCCGCAAUCCGAGGCCGCCAACACCUCAUCGCUCUGGAGCGAGGCGGAGGCUUGGGCAAGACGCCGCGACGAAGAAGACCGUGAG